GCAGGAGCGGAGUCUUUAAAAGAUUCCAGUCAGGUUUAAGGCUCCGGGAGGAGUGGAGUUGUUCGAUUGGGUUUUGCUGUUGUUCUGUGUGAAGGAAGGUUGUGAGCAAGAGGUUGCGUUGAGACCCUUUGAUCGGCGGUUUAAAGUAUUGUGAGCGGCGUGGAGAUGGGUUGCUCCGAGUGCUGCGUGCGAUGUCUCAGGGGAGUUCCCUAUGCCUCCCUCAUCGCUACCAUUCUGUGCUUUGUGGGCGUGGCCCUGUUCUGUGGCUGUGGUCACGAGGCCCUGACUGGGACCGAGAAGCUCAUCGAGGAGCACUUCUCCCGAGACUUUAUGGACUACGCAGUCCUGGUGACCCUGGUCCAGGUCUUCCAGUACGUUAUCUAUGGGACCGCGUCCUUCUUCUUCCUGUACGGCGUGCUGCUGCUGGCCGAAGGAUUCUACACCACCAGCGCUGUCAAGUCCCUCUUCGGGGAGUUCAGGACCACCAUGUGCGGCAGAUGCGUCAGCGCCACGUUCAUCUUCCUGACCCACAUACUGAGCGUGAUCUGGAUGGGAGUCUUUGCCUUCUCCGCACUGCCCGUCUACGUCUACUUCACCAUGUGGUCCACGUGCCAAACAGUCAGACACGUGACUGAGAAUGGGACUGGGUUCGAUGAUGUCUGCAUUGAUGCCAGGCAGUAUGGAAUGCUGCCAUGGAAAGCCAGUCCGGGGAAGAUCUGUGGCCUGAAUUUAGCCAUUGUUUGCAACAACUCUGGCUUGGAGCUGACCUAUCACUUGUUCAUUGCAACAUUUGUAGGAGCUGCAGCAACAGCCAUUGCUUUGCUCACCUACAUGAUGUCCUCCACCUAUAACUAUGCUGUUCUGAAGUUUAUGAGCCGGGACAACUGCUGCACAAAGUUCUAACCCACCAGCGUCCACCUCUCCUCCACACCGCCCCCUCACUCCUUUGCCUCUUUUGCACAAUUUUAAUCCGGGGAAACUUCACGGACUGUUCGGUGGUUCCUCACUUCCUCUGAAUCCUGGGUAACAGCUGCACAAGGAUCCUGAACUUGCCUUGUAACCUACACAUAAACUGGAACGUCGCGUUGAGGACAUGCAUAUAAUACAAGGAACACUUUUAACCGCUGGUAUUUUUUAGUAUUAAAAAGCUUGUGCAUUCUAACACAUUGUGAAUGCAGAGACAAACGUGUCAACGGAACCUUGAAGCUCGAAACUGAUAGUUGCUAAAUACGACUUUGUGCAAAUAGUUUGGAUUCUGCUUUGUGACCAGAUUAACAUGUCCAGGGUUGUGCUUUCCCACCAGGAGCCUGAUCUUUGUGUGAGUCUGGAGUUGUGAAAAUAAAACCGUCGGCUAACUGUGA